AUGCCUCGAGACGGAAGCGGUCGAGCCCACAACGCUCAAGAUCUCUCGCCUGAGACCGAUCACAACAUCAUCCACGGUGCCGGCAACGAGACUGACCCUCAUGUUGCACGAGCGGAUAAGACUGCAGAGCUGCCCGAACACGAACACGGCGCAGGACUGAAAGGAUUAAAUGCUAGUGGUGGUUCAUGUCAGGGUCUAACACAUGGUCCGGGGAGUGGACAGGGAGGACGCGGAAGCACAAAUUAA